UUCUAAUGCUCUUGGUGACGAACGUGACUUUGCUUUCUUUAGAAUUGAGGUCUCCAACUCUGAGGCUGACUAAAAACUUUAAAUUCGAACACACAAGGCCCUUCUAGCAUUUCCUGAGUAGAGCCCAAAUCCAGGAGCAGCUGGCCAGUGUUGCCGGCCAGCGGCACCUGGCGAUGUGUAAUUGGCUGGAGCCGCGGGCCCGCCUCCACCCGGACGUCUCGUUCUUGCCCCUGCUGUGGAGUGGCGUUCUAGACAUACAGGAUCCCAGGAGUCUAGUGGGUUCUGUGCCUCUGUGGUCUGAAGCGGUAGCGUAGAUCAUGAAAAGCGGUGCCUCCCGCGAGCCCAACACGACCGAAGUGCUGCCCCAGCACAAGUUCGACUACAGGUUGCUGGACGCCUACCUACACCAGCACUUACCCGGCUUUGGGACCGAGCCCGAGACCAAGCUGACGGUUGCCCAAUACAGAUCAGGACAGUCCAAUCCAACCUUUCAUCUCCAGAAAGGCUUUCGAGCGUAUGUACUCAGAAAAAAACCACCUGGUUUACUUCUUCCUAAAGCACAUAAGAUUGAUAGAGAAUUUAAAGUCCAGAAAGCCUUGUUUUCAAUUGGAUUCCCCGUUCCCAAACCUUUAUUAUACUGCAGUGAUCCGUCUGUCAUUGGAACAGAAUUUUAUGUGAUGGAACAUGUACAGGGCCGAAUCUUUCGUGAUUUCACAAUUCCUGGAGUUAGCCAAGCAGAAUGUUCAGCCAUCUAUGUGGCCGUGAUAGAAACCUUGGCUCAGUUACAUUCUUUGAAUAUACAGUCAUUGCAGCUGGAAGGAUAUGGUAGAGGUGUUGGGUAUUGCAAAAGACAGGUAUCAACCUGGACAAAGCAAUAUCAAGCUGCAGCUCAUCAGGACAUCCCUGCCAUGAACCAGCUAUCUGACUGGCUAAUGAAAAACUUGCCAGAUAAUGACAAUGAAGAAAAUUUGAUUCAUGGAGAUUUCAAACUAGAUAACAUAGUUUUCCACCCUAAAGAGUCUCGAGUUGUAGCUGUGCUGGAUUGGGAGCUUUCAACCAUUGGUCAUCCUUUGUCAGACUUGGCUUAUCUCUCCAUGUUCUACUUUUGGCCAAGGACUGCUUCAGUGGGAAAUCAAAGCCAUCAUUUUCAAGAAAACAUAGGGAUACCAUCAAUGGAAGAACUGAUUUCAAUAUAUUGCCGCUGCAGGGGAAUUAAUUCUAAUCUUCCUAACUGGAAUUUCUUUCUUGCCCUUUCAUAUUUCAAAAUGGCUGGAAUAACACAGGGAAUUUAUAAUAGAUAUCUUCUGGGAAAUAAUGCAUCAGAAGAUAGCUUUCAAUAUGCCAACACUGUGCAACCUCUGGCAGAAACUGGAUUGUGGCUCUCAAAAAGAUCUUUCAGCACUGCACUUCCACAGACUAAUACUGCCCGUCAGUUGUUUGUACAGACUCGGACAGGUCAGGAAGUUCUUAUUAGGGUGAAGCAGUUCAUGAAACAACAUAUCCUCCCAGUGGAAAAGGAGGUAAUUGAGUUCUGUGUUCAAAAUGAAAAUUCAGUGGACAAGUGGAAAAAACCUUUAGUAAUUGAUAAACUCAAGGAAAUGGCCAAAGCAGAAGGCCUCUGGAACUUAUUUUUGCCAGCUAUAAGCGGUCUCACCCAGGUGGACUAUGCCUUCAUUGCUGAAGAAACUGGAAAAUGCUUUUUUGCUCCAGAUAUCUUUAACUGUCAAGCACCAGACACGGGGAACAUGGAGGUGCUCCACCUAUAUGGAAGUGAGAAACAGAAGCAGGAGUGGUUAGAGCCUCUUCUUCAAGGGAGUAUUGCCUCCUGCUUCUGUAUGACAGAGCCUGAUGUAGCUUCAAGUGAUGCCACAAAUAUUGAAUGUAGCAUCCAGCGAGAUGGAGACAGCUAUAUAAUUAAUGGCAGGAAAUGGUGGAGCAGUGGAGCUGGGAAUCCAAAGUGCAAAAUUGCAAUUGUUAUGGGAAGAAUUAACAAUAAGUCUGAACUCAGACACAAACAACACAGCAUGAUUCUUGUUCCCAUCAACACACCUGGAGUAGAAAUAAUAAGGCCCUUGACAGUUUUUGGCUACCUGGAUAAUUUACAUGGAGGACAUUUUGAGAUCCAUUUUAAUCAAGUGCGAGUUCCUGCCACCAAUUUAAUACUAGGUGAAGGCAGGGGAUUUGAAAUUGCCCAAGGCCGGCUUGGACCUGGCAGAAUCCACCACUGUAUGAGAACAAUAGGUUUGGCUGAACGUGCUUUACAGAUCAUGUGUGAACGAGCAAACCAAAGGGUGGCCUUUAAGAAGAAACUUUAUUCACAUGAGGUGAUAGCUCACUGGAUUGCUGAAAGCCGCAUCGCCAUUGAGCAGAUCCGCUUGUUGACCUUGAAAACUGCCCUCAGCAUUGAUACUCUGGGCAGCGCUGGUACUAAGAAAGAGAUUGCAAUGAUUAAAGUGGCUGCCCCCCGUGCUGUCUGCAAAAUUAUUGACCGGGCCAUCCAAGUGUGUGGAGGUGCGGGUAUUUCCCAGGAUUACCCUCUGGCUAUCAUGUAUGCCCUAGCGCGGACUUUGCGCAUAGCAGAUGGGCCUGACGAAGUCCACCUCUCAGCAGUUGCAAAAAUGGAGCUGAGGGACCAAGCCCAAAGCCUGAGGGCCAAGCUAUAGGAGGUGACACCACCUCACCUUGAUACACACUUCAUCAGUGCCAGCAUUUGAAUAUUUUUCCACUUUUGCAGCAGCUUGAGCACAGGAUUACUCACUCACUUUGGUAAAAAUUUGAGCAUCUGUUUUAAUCAAAGGCUUUUGUCAUUUCAAGGAUCACACUUGAAAUUUUAUAAUCUCAAGGGUUUAAGUGAAAAAGGAAAUUUUAUAGCUGUUGUCAUUCAGUCUAACACCUAAACGUAUAUAUCAUUUAGUUUUUAAACACGCUACUUGUAAAGAAAUCAUGAAGUAGAUUGGAGAACUAAAUCAUAAGCAUAAAAAUAUUUUUACUUUUUUACUUUCAGGAAUUGUUCCAUUUAAAUAAAUAUUAAAGAAAUAUUUAGUCACUACUUUGUAAAAAUAUAGUGGGAUCUCCUUUUGGUUAUUGGUUUUAGGGGUUGGUUUAACACUGUGUGGUAUUGUUUGCAUUGAAGGAGGCAUGACUGAUUGGGUCAUUUUAGAGUUUAUAUUGUUAUAAGUCUCUUCAUAAUUCAGCAGGAAGCAUUUAUCCAUAAAAUCUGAUUAUGGUUUAAAGUUUACUCGAAGACAUGGCAUCUUAUAAGAAAAUAAAAUUAAGAAAAAUUUCAAUUAUGUAUAAAAUGUUGAUGUAAACAAUGGAUGUUUUAACCUACAAGAAAAUUAUAUAGUUUUGAGAGGAGUUUAAAAACAAUAUGCUCUGAACACCAUUUUGUUAAAAGCAAUACCCUAAGCCAACAUCCUUGUGGCGUGUUAAAUCAGUCCUGCCAGAACUACAGCCCUGGACCACUUGUGAAUCUUGAACACCUGAAUUAUGUGGUCAGCAUAACUUAGGAACUGAAUUUCUGAUUUCUAAAAAUUUUAAUUAAUUUAGAUUCUCAACUCAGUUACUGGAAAACUUUUAAGUAUGCUCAGAAUAACGGGUAUGUGAAUUGUCUUUGGCAAAUGUAAAUUUUUUGAAGUCUAAAUGCAAGUAUUUUGAAUGAAAAUUUAGCACCCAAAUUAAGAAAGUAAAAAAUAUAAACCAGAUUUUGAAGACUUGGUAUAAAAA